AUGGCUAAUGCAGCGGCAGAAUUAUUGUGGUUACGACAAUUGUUGGAUGAUCUAGAUAUUCCUGUCAAACCACCAUUGCUCUACUGUGACAACAUUGGGGCCACGUACCUUGCUGCCAACCCUCUGUUUCAUGCACGCACCAAACACAUAGAGAUUGACUAUCACUUUGUUCGAGAACAAGUAGCAUCAAAUCGUCUAUGUGUCUGUUUUGUGCCAAGCAAUGAUCAGAUAGCCGAUGUUCUGACGAAGGGCUUACCAGCGCCACGGUUUAGAGUACUAAGGGACAAGCUCACCGUGACCAAGAGACCGUUUCGCUUGAGGGGGCGUGUAACGGAACAUUCAAAUCUUCAAAAUUUGAAUUCUCCGUUGAAGGAGUCAAGAGCUGUUCCAACGGUUGUGGAUAAAGCUAUCCCUACAAGUGCAUCCUCACCUGCUGUUCCGGCAAAUGUUGGAAGUAUAGAUUGGUUGGGUAAUGGACCAGCACAAGUGCCCGGUGGUUCUGCUCUUGGGUCAUCGCAACCUUCAUGCAGACCAUGGGAAAGAGGGGAUUUGCUUAGGCGUUUGUCUACAUUCAAACGUUCAAAUUGGCUUGGAAAACCCAAGGUUGCUAAUUCAUUGGCCUGUGCCCGAAGAGGCUGGGUGAAUGUUGAUUCUGAUAAGAUUGAUUAUGAGUCAUGUGGAGCAAGCCUGAGUUUUGUUUUAUUGGCAUCCUGGACACCCUCUGAAAUUGAUGAUGCCGGUGAAACCUUUGCCAAGCAACUUGAUACUGGGCACAAAGUCAGUUGUCCUUGGAGAGGAAAUGGUUGUGCAGAAAGUUUGGUGCAGUUUCCUCCAACUCCUCCAAGAGCACUUGUUGGUGGUUAUAAGGAUCGAUGUGAUGGACUCCUGCAGUUUCUUUCUCUUCCUGUUGUAGCUGCAUCUGCAAUUGAUCAGAUGAGGGCAUCACAAGGCCCACAAAUUGAUCGUUUUCUAUCCCAGUUGCAAAUUUUUACUGCUGGAGAAUUGGGUUUUAAAGCGGAGAGCAUUGCAGGAGCAGAAUCCUUGCGAGACGAGGCAUUGUGUGAAUAUUCUCAUGCACAGAAGUUGAUUAGUCUUUGUGGAUGGGAGCCUAGAUGGCUUCUGAAUGUACAAGACUGUGAAGAGCAUUCUGCUCAAUCAGCUAGAAAUGGAUGCUCUUUUGGCGCCACCAGGGACCAAACUUAUCCUUCACAGGGUCCUGGACCAAGCAAGAAUGCAAUUUCUGCUUCAGCUAAAAAGGAGACUGGAAAGAAAAAGAUGUCUGUGCCAGAAUCUCAAUGUGAAUCUAGGUCACCUUUGUUAGAUUGUAGCUUAUGUGGUGCUACUGUCAGAAUCUGGGAUUUCGUAACUGUACCUCGCCCUGCUCGUUUUUCUCCCAACAACAUUGAAAUUCCUGAAACAAGCAAAAAAAUGGCGUUGACACGUGGAGUAAGUGCAGCAAGUGGAAUUAGCGGAUGGGUUGCUGCUGAUGGUGUGGAGAAAGAACAGACUGAGGGUCGUGAUGAAGCAGCAACAACAGAUGAGGGGAAAUCACUGUCAAAUGCUGGUGUCGAUUUAAAUCUUACCAUGGCUGGAGGGUUGCCAUCUACGCAGUUGGGCAUUUCAUCAAUGCCUCAAAGAUUUCAGGAAGCAGAUAUGGGAAGGGAUCUAAUGAUUGGACAACCUGCAGGUAGUGAAGUUGGUGAUCGUGCAGCUUCAUAUGAGUCACGUGGCCCAAGCACUCGGAAACGGAGCUUGGAGGAAGGUGGGAGCACAGUUGACAGGCCGCAUUUAAGGGUGCAACAGGCUGAUAGCAUGGAAGGAACUGUCAUAGACCGUGAUGGUGAUGAAGUUGAUGAUAGUAGACAGUAUUCAGCUGGACCUUCUAAGCGUGUACGGGACUUCGACAUCUUUGAUACGCACCAUUCCUCACAUAGUAAACGUUCGUCUGGUGCUGGUCCUAGUCAUUGGAUGGGGUUUGACUUAGAUGCUGAUGUCAACAGGAUUGAUGCAUUACAACGAGUAAAUGAGCAUGCCAUUGGUCGCACAUCUACUAAAGACUCGGCACGUGCAUCCUCUGUUGUUGCUAUGGAUACGAUUUGUCAUAGUGCAGAUGGAGAUUCUAUGGAAAGUGUUGAAAAUUAUCCUGGUGAUGUUGAUGAUGUUCCAUCCCCAAGUACAUACAAGACUCCAGACACGAAUGAUGCAUCGGAGUUGAACUAUAGCAAUCAAGCACAACAAAGCUCUUGUUUCCAACCGACUGCUGAAAGACUUGCUGGAGAAAUGGGUGAUAGUAGCACAAAUGACGGUGAAGAAAUAUUAAACACAGAGACUGUAACUGCUCAUGCUAGGGAUGGGUUUAGCUUUGGCAUAAGUGGAGGAAGUGUUGGUAUGGGUGCUAGUCAUGAAGCUGAAAUUCAUGGGACUGAUGUUUCUGUCCAUAGACAGGGGAGUGUUGUUGGUGAUGCUGAACCGAUAGCUGAAGUCACAGAAAAUCAGGGCCAAACAAGUGAAUCUGCUCCAGAUCCUGGGUUGAUGGAUGAGUUUGUUCCUGGGGAAAUGGAGAGGGAGGAUCCUUAUGGGGACAGUCAAGAGAUGAUGUCCCGAUCUGUAGGAAGGGCAGGUAGUGGCUCAAAAAUUGAUGGUUCAGCCAAGGCUGAAUCUGUUGAAAGUGGUGAGAAGAUUAGUCAAAGUCACCUUGUGGCCCCAGAGACCAGUGCUCAUCGUUCUCUUUCUUGCAAUGCUGUUGUAUAUUCGGGUUAUGAAGCAUCUAAGGGAGAAGUGACGCAGGCUUGCAAGGCAUCACUGGCUGAUGACUGCACAUACCUUGAAUCAAACUAUGUUGCUACAAAUGGGAUAGGGCCUCCAAAUGGGGAAAACAACUAUGAAGAAGCUGUAGAAUUUGAUCCAAUUAAGCAUCAUAAUCAUUUCUGCCCUUGGGUGAAUGGAAAUGUAGCUGCUGCUGGUUGUUCCAGUGAUGGUUCCAGUUCUAGUGCUGUUGCUGUAGCCCUUUGUGGGUGGGAACUAACUUUAGAUGCCUUGGAUGCCUUUCAUUCACUAGGCCAUGUACCAAUCCAAACGGUGCAAUCAGAGUCUGCAGCGUCUCUGUACAAGGAUGAUCACCUUACUCCUGGCCAAAAGCUUGUGGCACGCCAUUCUGUAAGCAAGGGCCACGGACAGCACUGAGAAUGGACCUUAACAACAAAGGAGUGACAUAUUGCGGCCCAAAUGAUAAGCAGUCAGGUUCCAAGUUGGGAUGGCAUAACACUAUUGCAGCUUUCCUCCAGGGGAAAAAAAAAUGAAGCCUGAUAUAUGAAGUCAGGCUUCUGAAAAAUGUUGGAUGCUUUUAAACAACCUUUAACUUACAAUGGGAUAUAGAAUACUUAUUUUUUCUAUUUCUUCCACAUCCAUUAGGAUCGGUGAUUGUACUGCAUUAUUGACAGCCAGUAACUUAGAUCUGUUGAGAUUAAAAUUAUUGUGCUUGGUUACAGGAGUUAAUGGUUAAAGUUAAGUG